CGAGCCUCCGCCAGUGCCUUCCGGACCACGAGGCUGCCCGCAUGCGCCGCGCGCCGCGACAUACACACACUUAGCGACACCCUUCCUGACUGAAAAGUGACCUAGGACAGUGCCUAACGGAUUAACCAGUGCAAUAGUGUAUUAAACUAAGUGUUGAAUCUGUGUUUCCGUACCGUAGUACCAUCCGCGAGCUCGUGUCACGUGUGUUUACGAGUAGAUGUGACGGCGCUGGCGCAGGUCGCGCGCCCGUGAGAUAUUCGUGCUCCGCCAUGUUGCAUACCUGAGGAGAGCGGGACGGGGCGAGCGGGACGCAUGAUCGCGCGCGCUGCUCGGGCGGCGUGAUGAGGAGCCGCGCGCUGCCGGCGCUGCUGGCCGCGCUGCUGGCGCUGGCCGCGGCCGAGGUCAUGCAGUCGCGCGCCGUGGACACCGGCGUGGACCUGCGCGCGCCGGAGCGCCAGCCGGCCGGCGAGCCCGUCGGCCGCAUCCCCACCAAGCCCGGCUUCACCUACCGCUUCAACGAGCCCCCCAAGGAGUUCGUCCUCGACCCCGUGUCGGGAGAGAUCCGGACCAACGUCGUCCUGGACAGGGAGGCGGUGGAGCGCUACGCUUACGUGGUGUUGUCGAGCCAGCCGACGUAUCCCAUCGAGGUCCGCAUCCGCGUGACGGAUGUGAACGACAACUACCCCGAGUUCCCCGAGCCGAGCAUCGCCGUGGCCUUCUCCGAGAGCGCGGCGCCCGGCACGCGCCUGCUGCUGGACGCGGCCACGGACCGGGACCUCGGCGACAACGGCAUCACCAACGACUACCGCAUCGUCGACGGAGACCACGAGGGCAAGUUCCGCCUCAACGUCACCGUCAACCCGAGCGGACAGACCUCCUACUUGCAUCUGGAGACCACGGGCAAGCUGGAUAGGGAAGCUAAUGAUUUUUAUAUCCUAAACAUAUCGGGUAGGGACGGAGGAAACCCUCCGAAGUACGGUUAUCUUCAAGUGAACGUGACAAUCCUCGAUGUGAACGAUAACCCACCGAUAUUCGAUCAAAGUGACUUCUCUGUUUCGUUGAACGAAAGUGUGCCGCCCGGGACAACGGUAUUGAAAGUGACGGCCACAGACAGUGAUUUAGGGGAGAAUAGUAAAAUUACGUAUGAGGUGACGGAUACAGAGAAGCAGUUUGCAGUGGAUCCUGAAUCCGGUGUGAUAACGACAACUAAAAAACUUAAUUGUCCAAAAUAUUGCAGUAAUGCGACUUGUAACAUGACAUGCGUGCUUACGGUUAUCGCCCGGGACCACGGCGUGCCGCGACAAGACGCGAGGACAUACGUCACAGUCAACCUGAUAGACGCAAACGAUCACGACCCUGUCAUAACAUUUAUUUACGUUCCAUCAUCCGCCAGCUUCGCAACUGUUGAUGAGAAUGCUAAGAACGGGUCGCUUGUCGCUGCAAUAUCAGUGUCCGACUUAGACGCCGGGCUCAACGGUGUAACGAGCGUCAACAUUGUGGCAGGCAACGAACUGAACCAUUUUCGUUUAGACAACUCAUCUAGUGUACACAUAGUCCACGUCAACGGAGUGUUGGAUCGGGAAGAGAUAAGCAAAUACAACUUGACGGUCGUUGCCACAGAUAAGGGCGCGCCCCCUCGCACUUCGACAGCCUUCUUGAUCAUCCACGUGAAUGACGUCAACGACCACGAGCCUGUGUUUGAGAAGUCUGAGUACUCCGCCGUUCUGAGUGAGCUGGCCCCCGCCGGCACGUAUGUGGCCGGCAUCACCGCUACCGACGAGGACACGGGAGUCAAUGCUGAAAUAUUCUAUGACUUCAGCGAUGGUGACCAACUACAGUGGUUCUCUAUAGACAAUUUUACCGGGCUGGUGACCACAAGAAUGCCUCUAGAUAGAGAAAUUCAAGGAACAGUCGAACUGAACGUCUCAGCUAGAGACGGCGGGCCAAACCCCAAAUUUGCUUACACGCGUUUAAAAAUUACCAUUCUCGAUGAAAACGAUGAGGCACCGACAUUCGCACAAACACAGAUAAAUGUUAGUAUUCACGAGAACAUAAAACCUAUAAAAGAAAUAGUGAUAUUGACCGCGUCAGAUUACGAUCAAGGAACUAAUGGAUCGGUUUCAUACUAUUUACAAUCGAGUGUGGAAAGAAAGUAUCCAAACACGUUCAUAUUAGAUGCAGUUACAGGCCAAUUGAGUACGGUUAUUGAAUUAGAUCGAGAAAAGAUACCGCUGUAUGAAAUUCACAUACUCGCUAAAGACCAGGGCUUCCCGCCUCAGUCAUCGACGGCCACUGUCUUCCUGAAGGUUCAAGACGUAAACGAUAACGAUCCUAUGUUUUAUCCACAAAGGUACAUUGAGUCUGUGAGUGACGAUCUACCCCCAGGAACUAGAAUAUUACAAGUAAAAGCUUUUGACUUGGACGAAGGGGAAAAUGCAAGAAUCAUGUACAAGUUGGAAAGUGGCGGUGAUGGCUACUUUGAAGUAGACUCAUGGACAGGAAGUCUUAUUUUAAAGAAAGAUUUCGGUAAGUCUCCCAAACCCAGUUAUACAUUGACAAUAUCAUGCAAAGAUAAAGGAAACCGUAAGGCGUAUGAAAAUGCCGUUGUUGAAAUCAUUAAGGCCUCUUACCGCAAAAAUCUGGAAUUCGAUUCAUACAAUGGCUAUACGUUUAAAAUUGUAGAAGACGAAGCGACUAACCGAGCUCAAACUGGCCGUUACGUUGGAAAAGUAAGUGUUAGAAAUUCAGUUGCAUCUUUAUCCUAUUACAUAUUUGAAGGUGACUACAAAAAAGUAUUCAAAAUAGAUGAGAAAAGUGGUGUUAUAUCAACUAAUUCAAACAUUGACCGUGAAGAGAAGAUGACUUACAAUUUGAAAGUUAUGGCUAAGAGUAAUUUGGCAUUUGGUUUCACCUAUGUGAAUAUUUCUAUCUUAGACGUGAAUGAUAAUUACCCAACAUUUAUUGAAGACAAAGAUGAGAUCCAUAUACCUGAGAAUAUGGCUGUUGGUCAGGAAGUGUACUUCGCUAGGGCAAGUGACAGGGACUCAGGGGUGAACAGGACAAUAUCCUACUCACUUAGUGACAACCCUGACGACAGUUUCCGUAUAUCAGAGACCACAGGGGUCAUUUACUUGAACAAGCCGGUGACGAGUGAGCCGGGUACUGUUAUGUCGAUCGAAGUGAUCGCCACUGACAACGGCAGCCCGGCGCUCGCCACCAAGCAUUCAAUCAUUGCGAUUGUCGACGAUGUCAAUGACCACACGCCAGUGUUCGACCACACCUCGUACGAGACAUCUCUGUUUGAGUCAACUCGAGUUAACACAAGGUUCUUCGCUAUAUCAGCCUCCGACGCCGAUUUGGGACCAAACGGAAGGAUAUCUUAUUACAUCUCCGAGGGAAAUACGGACGAGAAGUUCGGAAUAUUUCCGGACGGCUUCUUGUAUGUGAAGAAUCCCCUUGACAGGGAGGAGAAGGAUUAUUAUUCGCUGACGAUAGCGUGCACGGACGAGGGCCGGCCGCCGCGCGCGUCGCAGGUGCCCGUCGUGGUGCACGUGCUGGACGAGAACGACAACAGCCCGCAGUUCACCAACACCACCUUCAUAUUCAGCAUUAAAGAGAACGAGCCAGCCGACACGUUUGUUGGAAAACUCACGGCCACAGACAAGGACAUAGGGCGCAACGCCGAGCUCACGUACAGCCUGCCGGCCACGCAGAGCGACUUCAGGAUCGACUCGAGAAACGGAUUCAUAAAGACUUUGAAGUCCUUCGACCGCGAGAGCUUGGUGAACACGACGGGGCAGGACUACAUCACGCUGACCGUCACCGUGCACGACAACGGUCGCACGCGGCUCGCGGACUCCGUGCGAGUCACGGUGUACGUCACCGACGUCAACGACAACGUGCCCGUGUUCACCGGCACGCCCUACGCCGUGGAGGUGUCGGAGGGCGCGUCCGUCGGCGCCUCCAUCAUGCGCCUGCGCUCCUCCGACAUCGACGAGGGACUCAACGGCGACGUCUACUACAAGCUCGUCGGCGGGGACGACAUGGGACAGUUCGCUCUGGACGAGGCCACGGGACAACUGCUGAUAAACAAGCGCCUAGACCGCGAGACGGUAGAUCGCUAUCGCCUGACCGUGGUCGCGCACGACGCCGGCCAGGCGACCCGCCUCACCGCCACCACCACCAUAACGGUCGACGUACUGGACGAAAACGACAACGCACCGGUUUUCACUCAGUCCAAAAUGGAAGUGUCCGUCCUAGAAACGGAGCCUGUGAAUAAGAAGAUAAUGCAGUUCCACGCCACCGACGCCGACCUCGGAGUCAAUAGAGAGCUGCAGUUCUCUAUCACGUCGGGGAAUAGAAAGGAAUCGUUCUUCAUUGAUAGUUUAACCGGUGAGCUGUACCUACACAAGCACAUCGACUACGAGGAGCUGACGUCGUACGUGCUGAACGUCACGGCGACGGACGGCGGCGCCCCGAGCCUCGCCUCCACCGUGGCCUUCACCGUCCACGUCGUCGACGCCAACGACAACGCGCCCGUGUUCACCAACACCGCCAUAGUGCGACAAAUACGCGAGGGAAUCCCGACGCACACGCCCAUCGUCACCGUCACUGCCGAGGACCCCGACUCGGGGCUCAACGGUAAAGUGUACUACUCCAUCAAGCACCAGGAGCCUAAUGACCGCAAGCGACAUUUCGCCAUCAACAACGUUACCGGCGUGAUCCACACUUUAUUGCCGAUCGAUAGAGAAAGCAUCGAUACAUUCCGCAUAACUGUAGUCGCGUUCGACGGAGCGGUGCCGCCCGCCCCGCGUUUAUCCGCCGAGAAAUUAGUCACAGUGAUCGUCGAGGACAUCAACGACAACGCUCCGAUAUUUGUAUCGAUGAACGCAGCGGUGAUCCGCUCGGAGCGGCUCGGGCGCAGCGCGGGGCAGGGCCUGUUCAUCAUGAACGUGCAGGCGCGGGACCUGGACUCCGGGCCCAACGGCCUCGUCACGUACAAGCUGGUCCACGGAGACAGCGAGCUGUUUGACCUGCACCGCAGCUCGGGGGCGCUGUCGCUGCGCUACCCGCCGGCCAGCCCCGACGCGCGCUGGAACCUCGUCAUCAAGGCCACCGACGAGGCGGUCCUUAGUGAGCAGCGCAGCACGGAGACCUACCUCACGGUGAUCCUGGGCGGGCGCGAGCUGCGUGACGUCACGUGGACGAGCCCGGCCAGCGUGGCCGUUGCGGAGAACGAGCCGGCGGGCACGCCCGUGCUGAACCUCACCAACAACUACAAGUCGGGGCUGGAGUACUACAUCGUGAACGUGACGAGCGCGGGGCGGCCCACGGAGCGGCUGUUCGACGUGGACGCGGCGCUCGGCAUCCUGUCCACGGCGGCGCCGCUGGACCGCGACGCCGGCGCCGCGCGCUACGAGGUGCUGCUGUGCGCCGUGUCCACCGACGCGCCGCUACGCACCACCACCACCAAGGUAAAAAAAUCAUUUAUUAAUUAUGCGGAGCUGAAAGGUAAGUAGUACUUUUGCUGUAAAUAAGUUCACUAGCAAUUUGAUUGGCAGGAUUAUUAUAGAAUAGAAUAGAAUAGAAUAGAUUAUUAUAUCGGAUUUUUUCCCUCACAAUUCGUUGGAAAAAUAUAUUUCGAUUAAAAUCAACUACAAAUCAAAUGCUUCGGCCAAAAGAUUCGACAUUUUAUUCGUAUACAACCGUCUGUCCUAUUAAUACAGCCAUAGAGGAGAUGUAAAAUAUGGCCGUAUUUUCUGAAUAAAAAUGAGAUUAAAUGCAAAACUGAGCUAUAAAAGUCGUCGAACCACUUGUUCGAAUAGUUUUGCGACAGCCAUUCUGGCCAUUUUGAGAUAAUAUUAAGUAUUUGGGGGUCUUUGAACUGGCUCGGUAAUAAAAUAUUACAUUUUCUCACUAGUUCUAUUAUAGACUAAAGAUUUUAAAAUUCUGUGUGGCUUUUAUACAUAGAUUUUAUACUUAAUACAAGGUUACCUCGGCGGCGGUUAUUUUUUAUUAGGAAGAAUUUAUUAAAUAUUCUGUGUACAGUCAAUUCUUGAUUAGAGAAUCUGCUGCCACAACAAUAAUUCGUAUUCGUUUUGUUUUAAAUUUAAAUGAUCAAAUCCACACAUGUUACUCAA